GUACGACCGAAUAUGCUGGUUCUUCCAUCCGAGACUAAAAACUUCACACUGGAUAAAGGCGAUCGUAUCAGAUUGGCCGAACUCAGUGACGCGUUAGGUCCCACGGAGCCGUCCAUUCAGUAUCAAGCUAUUUUAGCUUCGAUAGGCCAACUCAAACCGUAUAUGAACUACACGGCGUGGGCGAGAGCAGUUGGACCAGACGAUGACGCUUCAAUUCCAGGGCCCACCGUGACUUUUAUGACGCAGGAACUCGCUCCAUCCAGUCCGCCACUGAACGUUCACGCUCAAGCUUUUUCCAACGCUGCAGUAACCGUCUACUGGGAUCCUCCGCUGGAAGCAAACGGAUGGAUUAGAGCGUAUCGUGUAUACUACACCGAUCGGCCGCAAUUGGAACUCGCAUUCUGGGAUACAAAUAUUGUGGAUGUUGGCGCAGGUCAGCAGCGAUCCACGGCAUCUGAUACUCAAGUGAGACCGAAUACCUCGGGCUCAGGUCAAUUGUACAUCCUGUCUCACCUAACAGCCAAUGCCACUUACAUGAUACGCGUGAGUGCAGUAAACUCCAAAGGCGAAGGACCCGCUUCCGACGUCGUGGUCGUAAUGGUUAGACCAGGAUUGUUAUCACCACCAAGAAAUCUUACGGCGGUGGCCAAAUCAUCUCAUGAAAUUUACUUGACAUGGAUCCCCCCGGAAGGACUGGAUCAAUCUAGCAGUUCUUUGCUGCAUUACCAACUGGAAUAUGCGCCCACAUCAUCGUUGGUGAAGCCUGCAGACCAGUUGCAGCAAUGGACCGUCACACCGAUCGCUGGAUCAGCUGAACCGGUUCAGACACGGGUGGUGGAUGCCAAGUUUCGAGCUCUGGUCGUGGAUCAGCUCAAACCAGAUUUCCACUACAUUUUUAGUCUAAGCUCUGUUUCAAACGCGGGUCCCGGUGUCCGGACCGUCACUUAUGGAAGAACGAAAAAAUUCGUUCCGACUGAGCCAUCAAACUUGACCGUAGAGGCUGUUAGUGCCUCUGAGUUAAAAGUAUGGUGGCAACCCCCCAAGGACAGCCAUCCAGUUCAACACGCUGAUGCGAAAGCAACGCGAAUUGCAUACUACGAUUUGUCCUGGCGUUCUUCAACCAGCACCGGAGGGUGGAUUCAAUCGGAGUAUAGCUCCGCAAUGUGGGCCUCUCAGUCCCUUGGAGGAAGUUCCCCAUCAGUUUUACCUGACACUCACGGAUUCAGCCGACGUCUUAUUCCUGCCACACCUGCAUCUAGUACCAACUGGUAUUCGGCCACAAUAUCCGGACUCCAGCCAGCCACCUACUACGUGGUUCAUCUACGUGCAGUGGCCCCUUCCGGUUCGGGGGACAGAGCGGUGGCUUCACCUGUGAGGACCUGGGAACCACCCCCAGCGGCUCCCAGGAAACUGCAUCUAUUCAGUCAGAUUUUGCCGCCCACGGGUUUCGAACUACCUCCACAAGUUGUUAUCAAAGCCUCAUGGGAGGCGCCUGGCGAGCAGACCGAGGGCCUGCUCGCUGAACAUGCGGCCAUCUAUCGAAUUCGGUGGCGAUUGCUGAUUGGUUUCACCGAUUCGUCAUCGGUGUUGCCCGAACAGACACAUUUGCGUCAAGCAAGAUCUACUUAUCGGUCCGACGGGACAACUGACCGGUGGUUAUUUUGGACGAAUAAGCACGAUAAUGGCAGCGCACUGGUGAGGGAUACGAAGGAAGCCAUAUCAACGAAUGAGCUGAUUCCUGAGAAGUACCACGCUGGAGAGAUAAACACAACGGCAACGAGCUGGAACUCACCAACAGGACAAUUUUGGGGAAGCGCUGGAUUGGCGUUUCGCUCUUAUCAGUGCUCUCAUCAACAGUGCAUAUCUGUGGCCGUGUCUGGCAGUGAACUCCGGAUGUGUGACAUGCGAGUAUUGGGUAAUACGUACGAGUUUCGGGUGGCCGUAAUCACCAAAAUCCAAGCUGGACAGGAAGCCAUUCAAUUGAUCGCCUUGGAAGGAUCAGCCCCGACCGGGGGACCAACGGAUGUUGGCAUAGAAGAUACACAGGGGACAACGAUGCUCAGCUGGGAUCCCCCUGAUUGGAAUAGCCGUCAUGGCUCGUUUUCCGCAUACGAAGUCAAAUGUGAGGCGGCACAACCUGUUGGAAGUUACCAUCGUGCGGCCAAUGUGACGUUGGAUAACAGUCAGGUCGAGUGGCCUAAUCACUUGCGCAUCAGUUCGCACAGUUUGAUCGCCUGGCCAAGUGGACGCCUGAACCUCGGCCCUGCACUUCAACUGACUUCCAACACCCAGGACUUGCUGUCUUGCAUGGUUAGAGGAAGGAACAAAUACGGCGUCAGUCCGUGGUCGGCAAAGGUCAAUCUUCCGACAAAACACUCAGAAACCGCUCCGCCGCCUCCAAAAGACAUAUCUGCAAUCCAUUUACCAAACGGUGAUGUGAGGAUCGGCUGGUCCAUGCCCCACCAGAUGGUCCAGACCCUAAUCCCAAGCAGCCUCGUGCCGAAUCAAUCUGUCCCAUCUGAAGUGAUCUACAAGCGAUUCGCUGUCUAUAUAAGCCCCAGGUCACAAAAGAAUUGGAUACGUCAUGUGACCAACGGCCCGGUUACAGAAUUUGUCAUCCCGAAAUCGGCAAAUCCACAUCCGGAUGGAUACCAAGUUCGGGUCAGUUCGAUCGGCUCCGGUGGGCACGAAGGCACUUGGUCCGAUGUAGUACAUACCCACCACACUUCUCCUGGAAGUGCAAUCGGAGUGGUCAACCUGACGUGCCACUUUAUCUAUGUCAGCCAGCAGCGACAUUGGAGCAUGCAACUCACAUGGACUCAGCCGGCGAGACUAAUGACAGGAAUGCACGUCGGUCGUUUGUCGCACUACACGCCCAUGAACAAUCCACAGCAAGGUGGUCUAUCAACUCCGACCUUUCAAGGAGAAGAAUAUCCUGGGAUUGUUCAAGUUUUCGAAUUCCUGUUAGGUCGUGUUCGUAUUCUUAGUGCACAGGUAACCUAUGGACAGAUGCGAUCGCAAAAUCGGCGCGAGCUGUCUGUUCAACCUACUAACGACAGAAAUGAACCGAUAGUUGAACACAUCAUCGACUGGCUUCAAUCGGACACCGUGUAUGCAGCAGUUGUCCGACCGAUGAUCAAACCAACUCAGCUUCUCACCCAAGAUGCACUGGUUGAUUUGUACGGCAUACCUGAAGAAGUGCACUGUGCUACCCCAAAAACAGCUGAAUUCAACGUCCGUCCACCAUGGGUCACUCAGACCGGUGUCACUCGCCCUAGUUCACCGAACGUUCGGAUUGGCUGUGCAGCGGUUGAGCAUGUCUCGGAGAUCAAAAAUUCUAUAAACCCGGUCGAGUACGAAAUAAUGGCGGUCACACUGGGAUCGAAAAUGGAGAGAACCAUUCUGGCUCAAUGGUCCUCCGUUCAAGUAUCCAACGCGAAAUACAGACAUGUAUUCCAUAUUGAUCUGAGCAAGCCCAUAUUACGCCGCCGUUCGCUGACCCACGAAACUCGACUGAUUGGCUCACGUCUGGAACCGAAAAGGAGUUAUGCGAUUACAUUGAAGGCGUGUACGAAGGAUUGCUCAGAUACUACCCUGCCUUUUUUGCGUCUGCAGCCGAAUGAAGAACUGUUUUCCUCCGACACAGUACAGUACAAAGUGAAUAAGACGUGCUAUCAAUCUCUUUGGAUUCAACCAGUCUCGCUGUCGUUACCCCCGCCUAUUGAACCUUCUAAUGCGCAAACCCUGAACUCGGAUCCGGACAGAUUACUGUGGCCUCCGCAAUCCGAUGGAGAUAGUGCGCUGAACCAGCCACCGUCGGACGACGCGACUGCUCAUGGGCCUGGUUGGCUAUCCAACGUGCACGGGAAGCGUCAGUCUGAUGCACUUGACAAGUCCUCUUCUGACCAGUCUGAACCUACAAUAGUUGGCCUUGAACCGUCACAGAUGGUGCCUGUUCGACCCGGGGGCCAACCGCCAUUUGUCAAGCAUUCGAACCCAUCCGUUUUGAUUGCAAUCGUGACCGUUGCGGUUUUCCUUGUUGUACUUGCCUUGCUUUGCAUGUUCGUGUUUGCUUAUAGAAAAAGACAAACGGAAUCUGGUAGAAGCGAAGGUAAAACUUGGCGGGAAACAAAUCGAUGGUCCGGUCGAUCUCCUUACUCACUGCUCCACUGGGUCUCGUCCAACAAAAGUAGGUCAGGACAUCAAAGAAGGCCACUUUCCAGCUCUGUGCAUUUGACUGAGUUGCAUGGACCUUCAUCCGGUAGCGGAGGCUCAUUCGUUGGAAACAUGCACUCUACCAUGACAUCGUAUACAGCCGGUUUGACAUCCCCUUUCUAUGAAGAUUCACUGCCUGGAUUUGGUCCGGCAAACCAAAGAACAAAUGGCAACGUGAGGUCCUACGGUGGUUCAAUGGAUCCAAUCACGCCCCAGUUUGGCAGCCUACGCACUGAAGCGAUGCGUCACGACUUCUCGAGUAUUGGUCCACUAGAUUCGCCCAAUGGAACCCUACAUCUCGGCGGCGGGCUACAUCGAGUUGAAUCUGCUUCACUAGGACGUCCCCCAUUGUCGGCCUCAUCUCCCGCGAACACAUGUGAUGGACCAUUUUCUAGGCCCAUCCAAGCUGAUCAUCCCCCUGGAUGCAAUGGUUUCAGCGUGGGCAGUCGAAGAUCGAUAAACACAACAGGGUCUAAAGGGUUGACAACCGGUUCAUACGCGGACUUUGGAUUAAACAUCGCUUCCACAAAUGUAGCUCCAGCUAUGUCUCGAGUCAAUUACACUGGUCAAUCACGGAUGAUUGGGGUGGGACAGUUGGCCGAACACGUGCAAGCACUCAAGGCUGACAAUGGUCGGUUGAUGGCUGCGGAAUUCGAAUCGAUCGAUCCUGGUGGACAAUUCACUUGGGAGCAUUCAAACCGCCCGGCAAACCGAGUCAAAAAUCGUUAUGCCAAUGUGAUAGCUUACGAUCAUUCACGUGUUGUGCUCCAACAGCUUUCACCCUCCGAUGUGGACACCGACUACAUAAACGCAAAUUACCUUGACGGCUAUUGUAAACAGAAUGCUUAUAUUGCAACUCAGGGUCCUUUGCCCCAAACGGUCGGUGACUUUUGGCGAAUGGUAUGGGAACAACGUUCCGCAAUGAUUGUGUCCAUGACGCGAUUGGAGGAACGAGCCAGAAUUAAAUGUGAACAGUACUGGCCAGGAAAUGGUUCCACGCUGGCAAGCCCCGCACAAACCAUUAUCAGUCCAACAAGAUUUGGCAAAACCAAGCACUUUGAUCCCACGUUUGGAGCCACAGACUUGGCAGCCAUCAAACCUACCUCACUUCCGCCCUAUCGUGCAAACUCGUUCUCUACAGCCGGCCGGACCAGCGGAGAUAGCAGUCUGAUAUUCGCAAAUGACUUGUCACAAGCGCUGGCCAUGGAUGAUUUCGGUAGAGUAACUAACCAGUGGGCACCAAACUGUCAGGAACUCAUGGGAGAGGCACAAUACGGCGAUAUUACUGUAGGGCUGUUGGAUACGAUAGAACUUGCCUACUACACAAUCCGGACAUUUAUUCUACACAAAACUGGUACUACGGAAACUCGUGAAGUUCGUCAACUUCAAUUCACUGCUUGGCCAGACCAUGGCGUCCCCAACCACCCGGCUCCGCUGCUGAUGUUCUUACGGCGCGUUCGGGCUGAAUGUCCGUCAGAUUCCGGCCCAAUCGUCGUUCACUGCUCAGCUGGCGUAGGUCGCACCGGUGCAUUUAUUCUACUAGAUAUCCUUCUUGAACAAAUGCGGCACGAGAAGGCUGUGGAUGUCUUCAGUACGGUAAGUCGACUCAGGGCCCAGCGGAACUUCAUGGUUCAAACUGAGGAUCAAUAUGCAUUUGUUUAUGAGGCUUUGGUGGAAGCCGCUGCCAGUGGGAACACUGAACUGCCCGUCCGACAGCUUGAAGCGCAUUGGUCACGUCUGACAAAACCUAACAGUGGUUUGAGUUCAGUGACCUCGGAAGGCAGCAGGGAAGACUCAACAGGAUUGGCACUGGAAUUCUCCCAGUUGGUCGCCCAGUCACAGCUUACCACAGGAAGCUCCUUAGUACCAACUAGUGUUGGCCUCCUUUCUCCGAUCGACCCAAUUUCGAUGCACGAUGAGGAUAGGGCCACAGGAUGCUCCAGUAUUCCGCGGAUGCCGGCACUCGGAUCGUCGAAUUUCAAAACCAGUGCAGCCAAACUGAGGGUGAACUUGACGAAAAACCGACACCCAGAUUUCGUACCCCAUGACGCCAAUCGAGUUGCACUUAGAGCGGUGCGUGGAGUGGACGGUUCGGAUUACAUCAAUGCUAGUUACAUUGACGGCUACCGGUCUCGUGCCGUAUACAUAGCCACACAAGCCCCGCUUACAUCCACCCUCGAGGACUUUUGGCGCAUGAUUUGGGAGACCGGCUCAUGUUUGAUUGUACGCCUGGAAAGCCUACCAUGUUAUAACGACCCACGGUCGAUGGAUUUGCCAACCUACUGGCCAACCGUUCAGUCCGUUAGACAUGGAUAUCUGGUUGUGGAUCCGAUUGCCACUUAUACAAUGACAGCCUAUGUUAUGCGUGAACUCCGGCUGACUGAUACGCGGGACGGAACGAGUAGAACUGUUCGACAGUUUGACGCCACACCAACCACUGAUGCAAUGAUCGAUUUUGAACUAGAUCCACAGUCACCCCACCGGCUGCGUGACACCUUGUCUGACGGAGUGGACAGCUUGGGCGCAGCGAGUUCUCCACCGGGUUCCAGUGUGGACACAACACUACCACCACCACCCGCGAUAGCAUCUACCCCCGAGGGAGUUGGUGGAGGACGAGCGAAAAACCGUCCACUGUUGGCUAAUUUUCGGCAACGUUAUAGAUCGCUUUGUGAGGCGGUAUUAGAAACGGUUAUUCAGGUGCACAAAACGAAAGAGCAUUUUGGCAUGGACGGGCCAAUAACCGUGCACUGCAAUCUUGGAGCUGGCCGUACCGGAGUGUUUUUGGCGAUUGCAGUUGCUCUUGAACGGAUGCGAUACGAAGGUGUAGUGGACAUGUUCCAAACCGUGAAACUUCUACGCUGGCAACGUGUCGGUUUAGUACAGACAGCAUCGGAAUACGCUUUCUGCUACGCAGCAGCUUUGGAAUAUUUGGAAUCGUUCGAACGUUACGUGACCUGAUUGCGAUAAUGUAUUUUGAUAAUACUUCCCGAGUUGGUCGAUUCUCCAUAUGUGCCAGAAGGGCAUUUCUCCAACCAGAUGAUGCACAAACACACACACACACAGUCUUCCAACACUGACUUGUUUGGGCAUAAAAUGUACCUUCUUGCUGUGAUGAAAUUAACCCCUCCCCCCCCCCCCCCUUCUGGUCCUAUUCACUUCUUGUACAUAGGAGAUACAGUCAAAAUGCGUGCAUUUCUACGUGGGUGUGCUUUCCAUCCAUAUUUCCUAUGGUUCAGAAUUUCUUCUACCUCCAUUGUUCCCAUAGCACCAGGUCCUUUGCUGUCCCUUGCCCAAACUGCUAUCUAUCCAAACUUGCUUCGUUACAUUGUAAAUAAGAGGUUUGAAGAGACGGUGAAAACCAUUCAUUUGCCGCUCGUUUCAAUAUACCACCGCACCU